AACAGGGCGUGGUUUCUUUCCCAGUCCCCGGUUGCGUCACCGAGAACAGCCAAUCGGGUGUGAGAGCGCUGGAAUCUUGUGGCAAAUUUGAAAAGUCUGUGUGUGGUGAGGAGAGGGAACGGUUAGUGCGGUGACAGGAUCUAACAUACAGAGGAGAGAGAUAGGGGAGAGGAGCGCCGCCAUGAGGAGAAGUGAGGCAAUUGCUGCAGAGUCUGUAGCAUGCUUGAACUCGGCAUUAACCCGUCUUCGGGAUAUAUGGGAGGAAAUUGGAAUACCUGAAGACCAACGGCUACAGAGGACUGAUGCUGUAAAGAGACAUGUAAAUAUUCUUUUAACAAGAAUGAUAGAGGAAGAAGAAAAUUUGAGGGAACGUCUUCUAAAAAGCAUUGAUGUCUGCCGUAAAGAACUGUUUGUGCUCUGCAAUGAAUUGCACCUUCCUCCAUUUGAAGCAGAUGAAGAAAGCACUAUCCUACAGCUUGAAAAGGACAUGAGGACACGAGUUGAAGUUAUGUUAAAGCAAAAAAAGGAAAGAAUUCAAGAACUGAAGCAGUUAAAGCAGCGUGAUCAAGAACUGUGUGACAUUCUGUGCAUGACUCCAUACUUCAUUGACAUUCCGGUUCCGAGCCUGGAUGAGCUGGACCAGUUCAGGAGACAUUUGGCUGCACUUUGUGCUGAAAAGGAGCGCCGGGAAGCUGAGUUUGUUAAAACAAAGAAACAAAUCAUUCUGUGCAUGGAGGAACUAGAUCGCUUACCUGAUACAAGCUUUGAGAGGGAUGUGGUGUGUGUAGAGCAAGAAGCGUUCUGCCUGUCAAAAGAAAAUCUGGAAGCUUUGCACGAGCUUCUAUUUCAGCUAGAAGAAAAAAUUGGACAAAACCGAGUACUAAGUGAGGAGCUGCGGUCUAAAAUCGUAGAACUCUGGGAUAGACUUGGGAUUCCAGAAGAGGAGAGGAAUGCUUGUGCUGCUCAUAUGACUGGUUCAAAAGGAAAAACUAUUCAAGCAUUGCAAGAUGAACUGGACCGUUUGCAAGAACUGAAGAUGCAGAAUAUAAAAAAUGUAAUUGAAGUUAUUCGUACAGAGAUAAAAUCCUACUGGGACAAAUGUUUUUAUGGUGAUGAACAAAGACAAGCGUUUGUUUCCUAUUAUGAUGAGAACUACGGUGAAGACCUGCUCAGUCUGCAUGAUGCUGAAAUCAACCACCUUAAGGAACAUUAUGAGGUGCAUAAAGAGAUGUUUGAAGGGGUCAAUAAGUGGGAAGAGAACUGGAAUCUUUUCUUGGAGCUUGAUAAAAAAGCAACAGACCCCAACAGGUAUAAUAACCGCGGAGGAAAUCUUUUAAAAGAAGAAAAACAGCGAGCAAAAAUACAGAAAAUGCUUCCAAAGCUUGAAGAAGAACUAAAGUUUCGGAUUGAAGCAUGGGAAGAGGAACAGCAACAGGAAUUCUUUGUGAAUGGCAAGAAAUUCAUGGACUAUGUAGCAGAGCAAUGGAAUCAGCUUCAGCUAGAGAAAGAAAGGGAAAAACAGGAGAGAUUAAUGAAGAAGUCUCGUCAGUUAGAGGAGGAGAUGCAUUUUGGAAGUGCUCCAAGGACGCCUAAUAAACGAAGAGUACUUGGCUCUACUACUACUACUACUCCUAAUAAUAAAGUGCGCAAGCUUAAUGGCACAUAUAUUUCCAAUACCACCAAUAGCACCCUGCGCUCUGCAUUCAGUGGGACACUAUGCCAUUCUCCUGUGACACGUCCACCUCCUAGUGGUGGCAAGGCUGGACUUCCUAUCCGUACCCCAACCAGAGUGUUCAAAACUCCACAGCCAAGGAAGUUUGAGAAGAACAAGGAAAACGUUUCCACUUUAAAUGGAACCGCUAUAAGCGGUGGGUGCCACCUCUCAAUUCCUGCCCAGCGUAACCACAGCGUUAACUCUGUUGCCAGCACCUAUUCUGAGUUUGCGAGGGAUUCCACACACAUUGAUUCUACAACCAUUUCCUCCAGCGAGAACUUUCAAAAGCUACAAGAGCUGACACCAACCUCGGAAUCUUGAACUCUACAAUAUCCAAUAUGUAGUGUCCAGACUGACAUGGAUUGAGAUGUACAUUUUGCAUCGCCUGCCACUUGCUGUGGCUCCAGUGUGUAUAUAGUUGGGGGUUCUUUCUGAAGAACGGUGCCUUCCAGGACUCUAAACAGACAGGAAAUCUGCACUGAAGCCCAUGCUUAUUUUGCACUGUCAUUUCAUCUCUUAGCUUAUUGAUAAACCUUGGCCUCAAGAUAAACAAUUCAUUAUACACUUUUCUUGAAGGUUGCCAAAUGGUAGUAUGCAUUUAUUCAAGCUGUACUGUAUAUAUUAAGCGUGCUAUAAUCCCUGGAUAUGGAUAUGCUGGCUCCAGUUCUCACUGCAAGGUUUAAUGUUUUAUUUGUAUAUAUACGGUUUUUAGUUUUGAAUUAAUCCUAAACACGUUUUGCACAUGUAAAUGUCACUACAGCAUUUCCACAAAUGGUUUUAUUUUCCAGUGAUGGCUGUGAUGCAAUUUGUGUUGGAAGGGUUUUUAGGCAUAAGUUUUACUUGUGAGCGCUCUUUAACCUUCAGUGUUCAGCGCACCUAGUUUUGACAAAUACCAGCUCCCACUUCUGCUCAGGCUGCCUAGACGAUCCAAGCUAGAAGUCUCCCCCCCCCCCCCCCUGCAAUCUUCUGGGACAAGUCACAGGUCCCGGAAGACUACCCGACCAUUGAGGAGGCGCAGCACGACUUGCACAUGCGCAGUGCGCACUCGGCUGUAAAGCCGCAAGUUGUCGCAGCCGAGUGCCCACUUUUGUAAUGCCGGGGAGAGGAGAACUAGUGAACUGAGGGUUUGGACAGCCACAUCGCUGGAUCCUGGGACAGGUAGUGUGUGUUUUAUUAAACGUCAGCAGAUACACUUUUUGUAGCUGCUGACAUUUAAUAAACACAAAAAGGACG